AUGACCACAUCAUCUGGGGACGCCAGCAACAGUCCUACGAGGACAGCGAGGGCCCCAAGGGAUCCUUCCAAGAACGUACCUGCACCUCCAACGUUCUCUGAUGCAUUCGAACAUCGAGCGUUCCUGAAAUUCCGCCUGGCUCAAGCGUAUCGUAUCUUUGGUGAAUGUCGUCUGUGCUGCACAUUCGCACACCACGUAUUCGGCACUCUUGGGGUGCCGCUUGAUGCCAUUACUCAGGACAGUUGUGCUCUUUACGAGGAUCAUGUGUUAUUCAGCGAUUUUCGUGGCGUCAUCGAUUGUCUUGAGGAAGGUGUGGCUAUAGCGGCUGGGUUCCAAGAAGGUUUGCAGAUGCACCGAUUACAUAUGUUGGUGCUCGCAAUUGAAUAUUUCAGGCUGCUAUCCUCCAGAGCCAUGGCCCAGUUGUUGCCACCGAGUCGAUUGAAUCUACCGUUUACUUUUUCAUCUCUUCGGAGAAUUGCUGUCAGGUUUAAAUGAUAGCAGACCAGGCUGCCGCUGCUCGUGGGCAAAGACCGCGUAUUAUUGAUCCAGAAAGUGCGGCUCUAACACAAAGUCCUUGGAGCUGAGCUAGGGGGGUGGUUGAACGGGAGUCUCUAGUUCAGCUCUUAGAGCACGAAGGAAACAAAUUCGAGUAUAUGCC